AUGUCCACCUUCGAGCCAGUGGUCGUCAUCGACGGCAAGGGACAUCUCCUUGGUCGCCUGGCUAGCAUUGUGGCCAAGCAGUUGCUCAAUGGCCAGAAGAUUGUUGUAGUGCGAUGUGAAGCCCUCAACAUCUCUGGCGAAUUCUUCCGCGCUAAGCUGAAGUACCAUGCCUACCUCCGCAAGAUCACCCGUUUCAACCCGACUCGAGGAGGUCCUUUCCAUUUCCGUGCUCCUUCCCGCAUUUUCUACAAGGCUGUCCGGGGUAUGAUUCCUCACAAGAGCGCUCGUGGCGCCGCUGCCAUGGAGAGACUAAAGGUCUUCGAGGGUGUCCCACCACCGUAUGACAAAAAGAAGCGGGUUGUCGUUCCCCAGGCCCUCCGAGUCCUCAGACUGAAGCCGGGCCGCAAAUACUGCACUGUUGGACGGUUGAGUCAUGAGGUUGGCUGGAAGUACCAGGAUGUUGUUGCAAGACUCGAGGAGAGGAGAAAGGUCAAGGGAUCCGCAUACUACGAGCGCAAGAAGGCCGCGCGGAGACAACUUGUACAAGCCCAGAAGACUGCCAAUGUGGACCAAAAGACAAAGACCCAGUUGGCAGAGGGUGGGCAACUAUGGCGUCUUAAGGCCCAAGCUAUUUAUCAUGUCACCACAAACAACAAGGUCUUGAGGAGAUCAUACAUCGAGACAGCGGAUCGCGCGCGGGGUUUUGCUUACUACCUAAAAAGACAUGGCUUCAAGAGAGUUGGCAUAUUAUGCCCUAACACUCCAGCCUUUUUGGAGUCGAUUUUUGCGAUUGCCGCAGCCGGCGCGGUCAAUGUUGCUGUCAAUUAUAGGUUAAAACCAGAAGACAUUUCGUAUAUCUUCAACCACUCCGAAGUCGAUGCCAUCGUUGUGGACGAAGAAUUUGUCCCGCUUCUCAACGAGUUCAAGAAGCAAAAUGGGCAUGUGCCUCUGAUUAUCGACACAGAUACGGAUGCUGUAGAAGGGGAACUUAGCGGGCCGUUCGAUCAAGCUGUAUUGGAAGGCCUUCAUUUUGAUGCUUCAUCCGGAAACCGUGGGUGGCAGGGAUUGGAAGCUCAGACGCCAGACGAAGAUGUGCUCAUUGCGCUCGCGUACACGAGCGGCACCACUUCACGACCCAAGGGUGUUGAGUACAUCCACCGCGGCUGCUAUCUUGCAGCUCUCGCAAAUGUAAUAGAGUCCGGACUAAACUUCAAUCAGGGCCGAUGCCGGUACCUUUGGACGUUGCCAAUGUUCCACGCUAUGGGAUGGACGUUCCCGUGGGCUGUCACGGCAGCCAGAGGCACACAUUACUGCCUGCGCAAGGUCGACUAUUCGCUCAUAUGGAGACUACUCAAAGAAGAGGGAGUCACGCACUAUUGUGCCGCACCGACCGUCAACACUGUUCUCUGUAACUCGAAAGAGGCAGAGGUACUUCCAUCUCCCGUCCGAGUUACGGUUGCGGCAAGCCCCCCAACACCACACCUCUUUGAACAGAUGGCAAAACUGAACCUGCAACCGGUCCACGUCUACGGGCUUACUGAGACUUACGGACCAAUAACAAAGGGCUAUUACUUGCCUCAGUGGGAUACCAUCCCGGCAGAGGAUAAAUAUAAGAAGAUGGCUCGGCAGGGUCAUGGCUUCUUAACGAGUCUUCCUGUACGUGUGAUAAAGACUGACGUCCCAGAAGGGACGAUUAUCGAUGUCGAGAAGAAUGGGGAGGAAACAGGCGAGGUUGUAUUUGUUGGGAACAUUUGUGCCAAGGGUUACUAUAAAAAUGUUGAUGACACGAAGAAGUUGUUUAGCGGAGGAGUGCUCCAUUCGGGGGAUCUGGCUGUAUGGCACCCAGACGGAGCGAUACAAAUUUUGGACCGUGCUAAAGACAUUAUCAUUAGCGGCGGAGAAAACAUAUCCUCUGUUGCAUUAGAGUCCAUGCUUGCAACACAUCCGGACGUAUUUGAAGUCGGAGUGGUGGCUGUGCCUGAUUCUCAUUGGGGCGAGCGGCCGAAAGCUUUCAUCACAGUGCGAGAUGGCAAGAAACUUGAUGGCAAGGACGUGAUUGAGUGGGCAAAACAUGUGGGCGGUAUCAGCCGGUUUAUGGUCCCCAGGGAAGUCGAAGCUGUGCGCGAACUUCCAAAAACUAGUACUGGGAAGGUGAAGAAGAAUGUGCUAAGGCGGUGGGCGAAGGGCACGGAUCGGAGCCUUGAAUAGAAAUCUUGAUACCAUUUUGCUGUAUAAGCGGCUCUGUUGUAGGAUUAUAUGAAUUUUCAGCAGCAAGGUGUUGAACAAGGAGAUUAAUGAAUUUUAUGUGCAAUAUUUGAAUUAGCCAAAGCCAGUAUCUUGAAUCCUAAAUUCUUUUUA